UUUUCUAUCACUUGGAGAUCAGGAUGAAUACUCUCCUUGUGAAGCAGAGAUAAUAUUACCCAACUAAUUGCUAACAUUCUUCUUAAUUCUCUGCCAGCAGAGUAUUUCUGAUCACAACUGAAUGUACCCUCUGCAAUAGAGAUUAGAAGAUGGCUCUCAUCAAAUUUUUCACACAACUGAUCCAUGGGAAAGCACAUAAGCUGUGUUUUCAAAUGACUUAACUAUUCCUACCAUUGUAAUGAAAUGCGACCUUGAGAAACUUUUUGACAUUUUAAAAUUUGACCUUCUUUGUCAUCCUUAAAUAUUACCAGAUGUAGAUGAACAGAUGUAUUUUUGACUGUAUUUUUGAGAAUCAUGAAAAACCAGAGCUUUGUCACUGAGUUUUUACUCCUGGGACUUUCACAGAAUCCAAAAGUUCAGAAAAUAGUAUUUGUUGUGUUUUUGUUUGUCUACAUUGCAACCGUUGGGGGCAACAUGAUAAUUGUUGUUACCAUUAUAUAUAGUCGUGCACUUCUGGGCUCCCCCAUGUACUUCUUCCUGGCAUUCCUGUCCUUUCUGGAUGCAUGCGUUUCCUCUGUCAUCACACCAAAGAUAACUGUGGACUUGCUUUAUGAAAGGAGAAUCAUUUCUUUUGAAGGUUGCAUGGCACAAGUCUUUGCUGUGCACUUCUUUACUGGGGUAGAGGUGAUUGUCUUGAUAUCCAUGGCCUAUGACCGCUUUGUGGCCAUUUGCAAGCCUUUGUACUACUCUUCCAUCAUGAACAGGAGGCUCUGUGGAAGUCUGGUGGGGAUGGCCUGGACAGGGGGCUUCUUGCAUUCUACCAUACAAAUUAUCUUCAUUUUGCGCCUGCCCUUUUGUGGCCCCAAUGUCAUUGACCAUUUCUUGUGUGACUUGUUCCCAUUACUGCAGCUUGCUUGCACUGACACGCACAUUUUUGCCAUUUUGGUGUUUGCUAACAGUGGAUCCUUCUGUAUCAUUAUUUUUUCCUUGUUGCUCGUUUCCUACGGUGUCAUCUUGUUCUCGUUGAGAACCCACAGUUCUGAAGGAAGACGUAAAGCUCUUUCUACCUGUGGGUCCCACAUUACUGUGGUAGUUUUGUUCUUUGUGCCAUGUAUAAUAAUAUAUGCAAGGCCCACAUCUGCCUUUUUCUCUGAAAAAAACAUGUUUUUAUUUGCUACCAUCCUGACACCAUUGCUAAAUCCUAUGAUUUACACUUUCAGGAAUAAGGAAAUGAAGAAUUCCAUAAAGAAAAUGUGGAAAGGAUUGAUAUUGGAUUAUAGUAUAUCUUAA